AUGGGUGAGUCAAGUGAUGAUAUAGACCAAAUGUUCAGCAGUUUGCUGGGAGAGAUGGAUCUUCUAACCCAGAGUUUAGGAGUCGACACACUUCCUCCCCCUGAACCAAAACCUGCAAGAGCUGAAUUUAACUACACUGUGGGGUUUAAAGACUUAAAUGAGUCUUUAAAUGCCCUGGAGGACAAAGAUUUAGAUGCUCUCAUGGCUGACCUGGUAGCAGACAUUAGUGAAGCAGAACAGAGGACAAUCCAAGCACAGAAAGCGUCUUCACAGAAUCAGCGCCAUUCAGCAUCUCUGGAGGCAUCCAAUUGCAGUGCUGCAGCCUCUCUGGGUUACAAAGUCAAUGUUGCCACAACUGCUGUCAGCCCCUAUGAAGAUGAUUUACCCCCUCCACCAGCUGAUCCUGUGUUAGACUUUCCACUUCCACCACCGCCUCCUGAGCCUCUCACACAGGAAGAAGAAGAAGCCCAAGCCAAGGCUGAUAAAAUUAAGUUGGCCCUGGAAAAGCUGAAGGAGGCCAAAGUUAAGAAGCUUGUGGUCAAGGUGCACAUGAAUGAUAACAGCACAAAGUCUCUGAUGGUGGAUGAGAGGCAGUUGGCCCGAGAUGUUUUAGACCUUUUUGAGAAAACGCAUUGUGACUGCAAUGUCAACUGGUGCCUUUAUGAAAUAUACCCUGAACUACAAAUUGAGCGGUAUUUUGAAGACCAUGAAAACGUCGUUGAAGUUUUAUCAGACUGGACAAGAGACACGGAGAAUAAAAUACUAUUUUUGGAGAAAGAAGAAAAAUAUGCUGUAUUUAAAAAUCCCCAGAAUUUUUACUUGGAUAACAAAGGAAAAAAAGAAAGCAAAGAAACAAUUGAGAAAAUGAAUGCUAAGAAUAAGGAAUCAUUACUUGAGGAAAGUUUCUGUGAAACAUCUGUUAUUGUGCCAGAAAUUGAAGGAGCUCUUUACUUGAAAGAAGAUGGAAAGAAAUCCUGGAAAAGCCGCUAUUUUCUUUUGCACUCUUCUGGAAUGUAUUAUGUGCCAAAAGGAAAGACAAAGACAUCUCGAGAUCUAGCAUGUUUUAUACAGUUUCAAAAUGUCAACAUUUACUAUGGAACUCAGUAUAAAAUGAAAUAUAAAGCUCCCACUGACUACUGCUUUGUCCUAAAGCACCCCCAGAUUCAGAAGGAGUCCCAGUACUUCAAGUAUUUCUGCUGCGAUGAUGCACGGUUGAGCCAGUGGGUCAUGGGAAUCAGGAUUGCCAAGUAUGGAAAGACUCUUUAUGAUAACUACCAGCGGGCUGUGGCAAGAGCUGGCCUUGCCUCUCGGUAGACAAGCCUGGGGACUGCCAGCACAACUGCGCCAACUGCAGGACCUAAGCCCAGUUCUGCCCAGUCCAGUGGGCAGAUUCCCCAAGCUGCCCAUUCUGUUAAUGCUGUUCUUGCUGAGGCCCAGAAACAGGUUGAAACGACUAAGGAUAAUGUGCCAGCCUUCAGUAACCACAACCUGAAAGCACCCCAAGCCCCCCACCUUCCUAAGGCCGGCCAGCCACCGCCCCCACCCCUGCGAACAUCCUCGGACACCAGCCACAGCCCGUUGCCCUCCAAGCCCAGGAGCAUGCCAGCGGGCUUCCCAGACCCACCUGAGGACUUCCUGCCGCCGCCCCCACCACCGCCCCCGCUAGAAGAAGAUGAGCUCCCACCACCACCCCCAGAAUUCCACGAAGCACCCCCAGACUUUGUGCCUCCCCCACCGCCUGCGAUUGUGGGGAGCAAAGAGGCUUUACCACCUCCUCCCCCGCCCCCACCUGCUUUCAUCCCAGAACCCAGACAACCGUCCCCUUCAGUGGGAAAGAGGCCUCCUGUUCCCCCAAAGAGGCAAGACAACCCGGGUCCCCCCAGCGGGGGAGGAAGUGGGGAGCAAGAUUUCAUGUCAGAUCUCAUGAAAGCUUUGCAGAAGAAAAGAGGCAACAUGUCCUAA